AUGAAUACGGAAAUGUUAAUUGAAUUAGUCAGAGAGCGACCUUGUUUAUAUGAUAUGAGUAUCAAAAAAUACAGCGAUCAUGCAUAUAAAGAAACCAUUUGGAGAGAAAUCGCUGCUAUAUUAAAACAACCUGUACAAGAUUGCAAAAAAACAUGGACAAACUUGCGAGACUCAUUUAGAAGAGCUCAAAAAAAUGCGGUGACCAAAUCAGGACAAAAGUCUAAACUUUUAAAAAAAUGGAAGUUUGAAGAAGAGUUGCAGUUUUUAAAAGCGCAUAUGAAAGAAAGAGAAUCCAUGAGUAACAUCGAAUCAGUGAGUGAUGACGAUGAAGAACUGUUUGAAGGGGAUAAUGAAAUAUGUCUACCCGAAAAGAACACUGAACUUGAUACUGAUCCUUCCUGCAAUGAUACUUAUUUUAAUAAUUUAAGUCCAUGCACGUUAACACCAUCACCAAAAGAAUUUCGCCAACCAAUUAUGGCCAAAAAAAAAAAGCAAGGUAUCAAUUUCUCCUUCAGAAACGGCAUCUUCAUCUUUAAUGAAGUAUAUAUUAGAGAAAAAAAAUGA